UUGUUGAGGAAACAAUGGGCAUUAUGGGUGUUCGACUCCUGUUAAAAGCGUCAGUCGAUUCCGGAGGAUCUGAUACUUGUACACCAGAUCUCCCCUCUGCAAAAGCAGAUCGGAUACCUUUGGGGCGGACCCGUGUAAAAGUGGAGGGAAAGAACGUGUGUUACACUAUUCGUAAUCCAAGUGAUAGCGAGGAAACGUCGCUGUACACUUCAGUGUUUUCUUGUUAAUUCUCAGGCUUACAAGUGUCGAGUUUAUACCGAGAGCUCUCUAAGCCGGUCCCGUUUCUUUUCGAAUGUUAAUCCACACACUGUAAUCGAGAAAUAAUAAAAGUCGAGAAAAAAAGAGAAAUCGCUGUUAACUAUUUAAUAAAUAACCCAGAAAUUUCAGCUAAUUGUGGAAAACAAUGACAUUAUCGUAUUCUUAAUCGAAUAGUUAUCAAUGUGAUUUUCACCAUGGCCAUCUUUUGGAUAAUACUUUUUUUCAACGUAAUUAUGAUCUCAGUUUAUGGUCUGACCCCAGACGAAAUAGAAGCGGAAAGAAGUGGAUGGAAUGCCGAUCCUCAGACCCAGUACCACAUCCAAACGGAUGAGGGGCCUGAGAGGUAUUUUCGGUAUCAGACACUCAAUGGACAAUUCAGGAAAGAGAAGAGACUGGAGGAUGGGACUGUCAUUGGCACCGAGGGAUGGCUAGAUCCUCUCGGGUAUUUGAGGAUUAAAGACUACAUUGCUGAUAGCAAUGGGUACAGAAUACUCAGAUCUAAGACUAUUUUCGUGGGGAAAGAUAAACCCAUUGGAGAUGCUGUCGCAAUAAGCCGACGUAUUCCAGCUCAGACUGGAGUUCUGGUGAAACCCAGACGACCACCAAAUCCAUUCAGGCAGACGAAGCUCCAGGAAUUUUCCGACAACAGCAUCGAGGGUAACGUACCAAAACCAAAUUAUCGAAGCAAUACUCAACGAACGAAUCCCCCGAUUACCCCCGACGAGAGUUACAACGAGCUGACGAAGCCCUUGAGGAAUUAUCAACAGCCCGUGUACUCGAAGAAUUAUUUCCCUCGAUCGGGGCCAGCCCUGGAGAUCGAGCCGCCGUUAAACGAUUACAGAAAUACUCCAAUAGCUAGUAGAUCGAGAACAAUAGCUGGAGUUCCAGCAAUCGGCAGGCAAUACCGACCGGGACGAUUGAACCCAGGGAAGGGAAGGAGGAACCAGAUACGGGACAGAUCUGACAGCUUCCAGGAUAGCGGUCCGAUUUACGAGGAAUAUCCUCGGUAUGAUGGGACUCACACCGUUUCUGACGGAUUUCAGUAUUAUUUGAAGAGACAAUACCAUGAAGAGCAACAGAAACCUGGUGAGAGCAUCGGCUCCUUCGGGUACGUCGAUCCUUUCGGAAUUCGAAGGGUCGUUUAUUAUAAAGCUGAUGGCGACAACGGAUUUAUUCAUAAAAAGAAUAACCGAUACGUCGGCUUCGCUGCGACACCCUACGAUCCCUCACCGAUCAACUCGUCAGAUUAAAAUUCAUCCUCAUCCCAAUUAAUAAUCCGUGGAGAGUCAUUGGAUGUUAUUGAUAUAGUCUACUUAAUAUUAUUCUAUUUAACUUUUUCUUUUCUGUGUAAUCGCGACGAAUAUUCAAGCUUUCAUUGAAUCAAUUUUCAUUUAACAUAAAUCAAAUUUUCGUGGCCACGGGGACUGACCCAUCGGCCAUUAAUACGUCAGUUGCUAGGAUCAAUCCAUUGUUAACGGAUCAAUUGAAGCACCAAUAAGUUUUUUAGUUGAGAAAUACACUCUCAUCGCCUUGAUGGCCACAAUGCAUUUUCAUAAUUGGUGGUGAAUUAUUUUAUGUUAGUGUUUCGUAGUUGAAAAAUUCACGUUAAAAAUGAAUUCUGGCCUCAAGGCGGGUAUUAUUAGUAUGUAAAUAGAUGGACAAUAUUUUCUACCUCUUCGACUCUGACAUACGCGAAAUCUCUCAGUUUAUCAUUAUAUUUAUUCACUAAUUUUUGCUAUACACGUAACAUUUUCAGUGUGGAAUUAGAGAAAUAGUCAUUAAAAGUAACUAGAAAGUCCGUCGACACCAACUGACUCCUUAAUGUGAUCAUUUAUUACGAUAACACUCCAUUUGAAGAAUAAAAAUAUUCUUGAAUGAUAUAAUGGACGUUCAACCCAAAACAAACAUUCCAAUUGAUAUUUUCAGCAAAAA